AUGGCUUCUCUGCCUUUUUUAACAGUAGACUCUCCUAUUUUACAGCCAUAAAAGCUCCCAAAAAGAUAGUAACAAAUAUCUUUAAAUAAUCAUAAGAUAUUUUAAACAAAUUGCUUUGAAUCACCAACAAAAAUGAAAUUAACUAACUACACAUCUUCAUAAAAGACUUUAAACAUUAACGGUUCUGUUGAAAAUAAGUAAAUAGAUCAAUCUGAAAUUUCUUAACUUGAAAGAAAAUUCUCAAUGAGUCGCCAUGUUUAGAGCAAAUCUUAAAACAGAUAGAAGUGCAUUUUUACAAAUAUUAAUUUAAAAAGUGCUUUUUAGAAGAGAAACCUAAGCUCUGACGUGAAACAAUUAAAUCCUUGCAUAAAAGCUAAACUUAAAUAAUCAUUCGUAAAUGGUUUAGUGCUAAACAACAAAAUUCAGAAAAAAAAUAAUAUUCUAAUUGAUAACAUGAAUGUGAAUCUGAAAUUAGAAUAAUAAAGAAAUUCUUAGAGAACUGUCAGUCGGUCUAUAACUUCAUUGUCUGGAAUUCAAUCUCCGAGUUUAAUUUUCGACUCUCCAAGUGAUUCUAAAAUUAAUUAAAAAUUAUCAAAAAUAAAUUCUUAUAAGAACUUGAAAAAUAUUAAAAAAAUAGUUGAUAGUAAUAAUUUCAACUAAAUUGAAAAUCCAAUCGACAUAGCAAUGCUCAAUGAGGCUAAAAACUGUAAUGUGAUUCCUAAAAAGCUUGGCAUUUUCAAUUAUAUUGGCUGCGACAGUAACUGCUAAUUUAAAGAAUAUCAAAAUAUUUUAGACAUAUCCAACAAAAAUAUAACAGAAAAAUACGCCUAAAUGUUAAAAAAAGUGUUAUCUCAUUCAUAAUUUGAGUAAAUUGAAAUAGUUAAGUUAAAAAACUCUAACUUAACACCUAAGUCAAUGGAGAUUAUUAGCAUAUGUCUACCUUAAAAAAUUCAAGAAAUAAACUUAGAAUCUAACAACCUGGGCUCUUAAGAUCUCUCCUUAGGUAUUAAUCCUUUAUUAUGCACCUUGACAUAUCCAAUACUAAGAAUACUAAAUUUGGAAAAUAAUAAAAUAAAUGAUCUUGGUUUUUAUCAAAUUUAUCCAGCGUUAAUUGAAUCUUGCAUAGCAGUUUUGAAUAUCUCUAAGAAUGGUAUUACUGAUAGUAGUUGUGAAGGUAUUUCAGAACUUUUGAAAAAUUCAUAACUACAGGAACUUUAUCUUCACUGGAAUAACAUUUCUUCUCAGGGCGGUUUAGCUAUAGCCUAAGGACUAGAAUAAAAUAAUAGUUUAUAAGUCUUAGACUUAAGCUACAAUGGCUUAGGAAAUCCAUAGAAUUUGAGCAGCUGUUUGAGUAUCAUUAAGAGUUGUUCUUUAGAUAAUUCUUAAAUGAAGCAUUUAGAUCUUUCCUAUAACAAUAUACCUCUUCAAGAAUCUUAAGAAAUUUCUUUGUACUUGAAAGAAAACUUCUCUCUCUUUGGAAUACAUUAUAAUGGAAAUGAAGGAAAUUGGUUUUUUGACUCCAGAGGUUUUAUGAUUCAAGAAAACUUAAGUUAAGGCUAAGGUUUAUUAAAGGAUAACCAACACUAAAGAAUUAAUAGCCUUUUAUAAGUAGAAAGAAAAUGUAAAGAAGAUACCAAUAAAAUCUAAGAUAUUUGUUGGAUAUGUGAUGGAUGGCAAGAAAUCACUUUUGAGAUAUUUUCUUAGCAGAGCAGCUCUUUUUGUAAUAAACCUGUUUUUUUGCAUCUUGAUUUUGAAAACUACAGGCCUCAUUAUAUGGAUGUUGAUCCAAAUAAUCCAAACAGAUUUUUUGUGAAAAGAAUGUGCCCUCCAAAUAAAAAAAUUCUAUUCUUUUUUAGUGAUCCUUUAAAGAAAAUUUUGUAUUAUUCUUUAGAUUAUGAGACAGCCAGCUUUAGUUCUACUUAAUCAACAAAUAAUUACUGUUUUCAGAAAGCAGCAGAAUCAUCUUCUAAUCCUUAGGAUUCUGACAAUCAUUAACACAAUAAAUAAGCUCGUCUCCAAAAUAAUUCAAUUAAUAUGACACCAAUAAAAAAUUUUUAACUAGAAUACCUUGACUCUACUUUGAUUACAUACGAAGAGCCUUUUGUAGUUAAUUAUAUAGUAACUGAUAAAAAUUAAACUCUCAUUUCUUCUUAUUAAUAGCCUUCUAUUGAGUGCAGACCUAGAAAAUUAGAAACAUAUUUUUCAAUUUCUAAUUGCUAAAAAAAGUGGUCAGUUGAAUAAUCAAUUUUCUCGACAUUUGCUAAAGAUUCAAAAGAAUUAAUUAGCAAAUGCUUUGAAUUUGAUUGGGAAAACUCAAAAAUAAACACAAUUUUGAAUUCUUAUACUACAUCUCCAGAAGAAAAAUUUGAAGUGAAGUAAUUGCUUAAAACAUAUUACAAUAUGAUAAGAAUCUUUUACAAAUACCAUUCGUCUUUAGGAAUGAUUGGUGACAUACCUGCUAUCUCUUAAAGCUAAUUUGUUGCUUUAGCAAAUAAAAUGAAAAUAUCAGACGGUAAAUUGUGCAAAAUUUCAGAUGUCGAUUACAAUUUUAUUUCAGCUCUUUCAAGUACAUCAAAAUAAUAAAACUACAGAAAUCCAGACAAGGCUGUUAUUAGAUUCUAAUUUUUAGAGCUAAUUGUUAGAAUUGCUUGUGAUAAAUACAUGAGAAACGGAAACUGUAAAAAUGUUCAAAAAACCUUGAAUAAGUUUUUCUCAAGGAAAUCAGUUUCAUAAAUGUUUGAAGAAAUUGAAGAUCCUCAACAAUGGAGAGACCAAAGAUAUUGGAAUGAAGUAUGUGAAAUUGUUAUUAAUAAAUAUCAUGUUAUGAUUGAAGAAAUAUGGUAAAAAUGGGCUGAUUGUAGAAAAGGAGAAAAAAGGAGUUUAAAAUCUCAUAAAACAAUGAAUAUUAAUGAAUUUAUAGAUAUGCUUAGGCAUUUUAAGUUAAUUGAUGAGUCUUUUACUGAAAAAGACGCUUAGGUGACAUUUAAUUUAUCUAUAAUGACCUAAAUAGAUGAGAUUAAUAACGAUAAGUUCAUAAAUAUGGAAUUUAUAGAAUUUAUUGAAGCCCUAGCAAGGAUAGCUGAAAAAAAAUGCAUGGAGCCUCUUGGCUUAAAAACUGAUGAGUUGUAAAAAGAAUAAGCUUAAAAAAUAAGUUUAGGAUACAAAUUAGAAAGAUUUUUAGAGCAUUUAAAAUACUCUCUUAAACAUAAAAACGAUAAAAAAGUUAAAUAGCCUGCUAAUAACCAAAAAGAAAUAAAAGAUUAAAUACCAUUAAUUCCUUCACUCAAUUUGGUAUAUUAGACAAACAAAGCAUUAAAUCUGUGCUAGUGCUCUACUUUAUCUUUUAUAGAAGUAAAUAGCAAAGAUUCUUUUGGAUACUCUGACGAAGAGUUACUCUGA